AUGUCACCUGCGCCUCUGAGGCGUCACCAAACCGGAGUCUCAGAGGUCGGUAUAAAGCCUAGCCUCGAUUUCGUCUUGGUCCAUCUGGUUUACAAGCUCGGCUGCGAUGCGGCUGGGAGCAAGGCUCGAGGAUGGACGACCUCAAGUCUCAGCAUGCUCCUCUGCCCAGGCGUUCAGAGGUCGGGCAUUGUGUCAUUUUGA